AUUUCUAUAGUUAUCUCCCGAAACAUGUCUUGGAUGCGGUUCACGAAGACGGCAGUGGUCACCACCACCGUUCUUGCACUCGACAUGACCAACGAACGACGAUUUCAGAGACAACUGAAAAGUCAUUUUCGCACUGUGCAUGCUUUCGAACUGUGCAUGCUUGCUGAACUGAACAAAAGAGCUCCAAGUGCUCGGUCAGCUCAUCCUGAUUCUAGAAAUAUCCCCAUUGGCAGUAUCACAUUUCACAAUAAAGAUCCGUCCAUGGCACAACUUCUCCGUGUUGUUGGCCAAAAAGAAGCAAAACCAUGGGGUAGCCUACCAACGUCGGCGCUAGAUGCUCGAAAAGUGAAGAAGCUCGGCGAAGGAGCGUACGGUGAAGUCUUCUCAACUGUCUGGAAUGGUAGACCGGUUGCUAUCAAAGUUUUGCCAUUCGAAAACAACGGAUGUUUCUAUGGAAAUCAAUCCGUGGAAAUUCCAACAACCCACGCCGUUUUGUCAGAGGUGAUUGUGAUGAAGGAACUGUCGGCGUUGAGAGACCCAAAUUCUUGGAAUUCUACGCCGAAUUUUAUCGAAAUGAUUUCAGCCCAAAUAGUCAUGGGGGAAUAUCCUAAGGGAUUACUGAGAGCUUGGGAUGCCUACGAUAAGCUCAAUGAAUCCGAACAUUUGAGGCCAGAUGUUUAUUCUUCAGAACAUCAAAACUUUAUCCUUUUCGUCUCGGCAAAUGGUGGAAUCUCGCUGGCAGAUUUUGUCCUUGAAAGUGAAGAUGAACUAUUUUCCAUCAUUCACCAGCUCGUUCUCUCAAUGGUUGCAGCUGAAGCAGCUCUUGAAUUCGAGCACAGGGACUUAAAUCUUAGUAAUGUGCUGAUCGAUCGGAACGGAGUGGAAGAGCUCUCCUACACUGUGCAUGGGCAGAAAAUUCCACUGAGGACCCAUGGAAUUAAGGUCAAUAUUAUUGAUUUCACACUUAGCCGCAUUUCGAAAGAUUCGACAACUAUCUACUGGGAUUUGGAAGAGGAUACGACGAUUUUUGAAGGACCAGAUGCUCCACAAUUUGAAGUAUAUCGAGAGAUGAGAGAAAAUUGCAGGGGCAACUGGGAGAAAUUCUCAAGGCGAACAAAUCUCAUGUGGAUUGUAUACAUUGCAAAUCGUCUGAUUGAUACGGAAAUCUGCCCCGAAGGACUUUUUACCGACAAACGGAGAAAGGAGCUCAAACAUUUGUUUGACCGACUCGCCGAGUUUGGCUCUUGUGAAGAAUCGUUGACCGAUGCGGAAUUCUACAGAGAUUUUUACGGAAAAUCCAUUGAAAUGUCCCACACGACGAGUCAAUAAUACGUUCAGAAUAUGAUUAUGAAAAUAAAUCCGCGAGACUCAAAAAUAUUCAUUCAUUUUCGUGAAAAUUUCAUUUCUUCACUUUAUUUUUUGACCCGACUUCGGGAUGUACCUUUUUUCCUUUUUUCUGGAAUUUUUGGAAUUUCUCUUUUUUUCCCUAGCCCGCCUGAUUCUAAGCCUAAGCCUAAGCCUAAGUUUAAAGCUAGGCCUAAGCC